CAUCACAAUUUUUGUCACGUGAUACUCCCGGAAAUGCUAAAAUUAUGAAAAUAAAAGUUAAGAGACAGAGGUUCUUGCAAAUGUAAGGAUUUUCAGGUCCGGAUAAUCACUUUUAAAUCAAUUAAACAUCAAUGACAACAAAACAUGGAGCAAGGUACUGACACACAGAUGCAUCCAAAUGUGGCUCCUAAACCAAAGCCACCUCCGCAGACUAUGAAACCUAAACCCUCAUUACCAAAGAAACCAGCAGUUGCCUCAAAACCUACUUCUAAGAUUUUGGAGAAAAAUCUCUCACAAAAUGGGUCAGACAUAUCAGAAUCACAAACCCAUAAACCAGAUGUCCCAGAGAAAGUUGCAUCUGCAGACCAAUCUUCCCCUUCACAGAAGGCAGCUGCCCUACGGCCCAAAGAACCACCACCACCUUUACCUAAAACAGCACCUAAAGGAUCAGUUGUACACAAAACUCCACCCACCAUUCACAAGACUCCACCUCCAGAUCGCAAAACUUCAAACCCAGUUCACAAAACCCCUCCUCCCUUACCUAAAACCACUCCACGAUCAUCAGUUAAACUUAAAGAGGGUUCACCUGAUUUAAAAAAGAAGAAUGACAAAUCAAGAUCAUCUAACAUUGGAACAAAUUCUGAUGCUGUUGAAAAUAUUCAAAUUAACAAUGCUGAAAUAGUUUCUGGAGAAGAAUCUAAACAUGAAAAAGAGGAUUUUACUUUUAGUAAUUUGAAAUCAAAAUUUAUUAACUCAAGUGAAAAUAUUGCAAAAGUUGCUCCUAAAGUUGCAACAAAGCCAAAACCUGUACCUAAAGGUAAACAAAAAGCUAUUUCAGAUACUAAAAGUGUAAACCAGACUGAAGAUGAAAAACCUGUAAACAAGAAUGGGUUAAAUAUAAAAUCAGGAAACAGUAAAUCAAAAUGGUUUGUUAGUGAUAGUUCUGCAGAUAAUGAAAAUGAUUUGCAUCAAACAGCUGAAAACAGUGAAUCAGCAAUACAGUUCUUGAAAGGUAACAAAAGUUUUUCAGAUUCAACUGUUUGGUUUAAUAAGUCAGAUGAAUCUCCCAAACACUCUCCAAAACAUUCCCCAGUUGUACCUCGUAAACCUCCACCUAGGACACCACCAAAACCAAGUUUAUCACAUUCUAAAGAGGAUAUAAGCAUUUCAAAUGAAAAUUUCAGUUCUUCCAGUGAUAAUAGUCCAAUAAAACAGCAAGAAAAACUUUUUGAUACAAGGGGAAGUUCUACCCCACCAAAACUAAAUUUAACACAUUCUAGAGAGGAUAUAAGCAAUGCCAAUGAAAUUUUUAGCUCUUCUUGUGACAAUAGUCCAAUAAAACAGCAAGAAAAACUUGUUGAUACUAGAGGAAAAUCUACCCCACCAAAACCAAAUUUAACACAUUCUAGAGAGGAUAUAAGCAAUGCCAUUGAAAGUUUUAGCUCUUCUGGUGAUAAAAGUCCAAUAAAACAGCAAGAUUCAAGGGGGAAAGGAAAUACUGAAGACAAAUGUACAUUCCAAAAACAAUCUGAAGUUGAUGUAGAUAAUGAGGAUAAUGACAAAUGUGUACUAGGCUCUGAAGAAAAUACAAAACCUGAGAUUCAGAAUAUACAAAACAUAGAAUCUUCGGAAGAUAAACCAAAGUGUAAAGGGAGUCCAAAACCUCCUCCGAAACCUGUACCUAGGAGACCAACCCCAUCUGUAAGGCCAAGGCCAACUCCUAGAAAAAGAUUGUCUAUAAAUAGACUGUCUGGGUCAGAUGAAACAUUUGGAACGGAUUCUGAAAAUAGUGAAAAGUAUUCUGAUGGAAAUAGAAUUACAGAUGAUGAGAUAACAGACAAAAAUGAGCUUGAGAUUAAUGAAGGUAUAAAAAAUAAUAGUGAUAUUAAAAAAGACCAUCUUGGCCAAGAUAAAGAAAAUAAUGUUAAUGUUGAUCUUAGUGACAGAAAUGAUUCUGAUGUGACACUGAGGCGCUUUGUUGAUGAUUCUGGUGAAGAGCAGCACUACAGGGCAAUAGAUAAAAGAAAGACAAAAUCUCAUAUCACAGAACUUGAAAAUGAAACAGAUGAAAAUACAGUUAUUCUGAGAGAGAAAAUUACGCGGGAGGAAAGUAUAAGUGAAGAAAUUACAAUGGAACAACUUAAAAGCAUUGAACAUUUAUUGGAAGCUUCUGAUGAUGAAGAUGAUACUCAUAAAUUUGUGCCAAAAGUUGACUUGCCUGUUACUGAUUUAGGGCAGAAGAAAACUGAAAAACUUGAAGUGAUGGAUGGAAAAAAUAAAAGACAGGCUUAUGAAGUUGCAUCAGACGAUUCAGAUGAACUAGAUGACAAAGCUCUUCUAGAGCCAUCAUCUUUGUUGAAUGAAAUUGAAGACAUUCUUACAAGGAGUUUUAAACAUUCAUCUUUGACAAGGUCAGGGUCAUCACCAGAGAAAAAAUCUUCACCAUACCUACAAACUGACAGUGAAGCACUCGGUAGAACAGAAAGAUCAAUGUCAGUUGAUGCUGACACACCGAUGAGGCCACCAAGGCCUAAAAAGGAGCAGAAAAAAAUGCGAUCCAUGAGUCAAGUUACUAGUAUGUAUGAUUCUUGUGGAAGUGACACUGAAUCAUUACCAGAUAUGUCUAGAAAUAGAGAUUUGUCCUUUUGUUCAAAUGAUGCAAAUGUUUCAUUAACACUUGGAAAAGCAAAGCCUCAUCCACCUAAACCUAAAAGAAACAAAUUAUUGAAAGUUCAAAGAAGUCAGUCUGAUAUUACAGCAAUGAAGUCAGUAGUAGAUUCAAAAUCACCAAAUAGAGAACGAAUGGUGUCAGAAAAGCAUAAUACCAAAAACAAAAAUGAUUCACCAAAGAAAGGAGAUGGAUCACCUAGACAAGUUUCAUGGAGGAAGAAUCGUCCAACUCGUAAGGCACCCCCACCUCCUCAAAAAGUACCACCUCUAAAAGUAACACCGGCUUCACCUGGGAUUACAUUGGAUUCUGUCGUUCCUCUUGAUUCUAGAGUGAAAUCUAUGCAAAUUACAAAAACCUCUAAUAGUGCAAAAGAUAAAACAGCAUUCCAUAAUUCAGUAGGACCAUUCUACCACUCAAUAGAUGAUGGGGAAGUAGGAUUAUCUGACGGGGAACAUGAUUAUCAAGAUAUUCCAGAUGAUAAUGAUAAAAACAGUAACAUUAAGUAUGGAGAAAUGGUAAAAGGGAACAUGAGCCAACGUGAAAAAUCAGCAUCUCCUCCAAAACUACCUCCAAGGAACUUGAGUAACUCUCAUUCUUUUGAUAAUUCAAGUAUGUCAUCUGCUGGACAUGAAUUUGAUAGUGCAAUAACUGGAGGAGCAAGCUCAACUGAGGACAUGUCUAUUUCAAGCGGAUGUUUUGAACAAGAUGUUACUUCACCUGGAUUUAAAAAUCAUCACAUCAUGAAAUCAUUAUACCCUAAAACUUCAAGCCCUUGUGUUAAAAAUAGACAGCAUACAGGAAGUGAUGAAAAUAUGCUUUCCUCUGGACUGGGUCCAAGUAAUUCCUCUCUUUCUGAUAGCACAGAAGAUAAGAAAAGACGACCAGUCAGUGGAUGUAGUAUACAGUCUGACAGUUGGUCUGGAAGUCAUGAAGCAGAACAGUCAUCUUCAGAUUCUGACUUAGAUGAUGAGGAAAAGGUGACAAGAAAGAAAGAGAAGAAGUUGUUCUUAAUUGCUCAAGAGAUUGUCUCCUCCGAGAAUGUAUUUGUUGAUGUCCUUAAGCUUCUUAAUGUUGAUUUUCGACUACACAUAUCAAAGGCUACAGAGAAGAUUGGACGACCUGUGAUACCUAAUGAAAUUUUAAACAGAAUAUUAGACUAUCUGCCACAACUACAGAUCUUCAAUGAGGGACUGUUGAAAGAUUUAGAAGAUAGACUUAAAACAUGGGAGGAGAGAAAGGGGAUUGCAGAUAUAUUUGUGAAGAAAGGACCAUUUCUGAAGCUGUUUUCAUCGUAUAUCAGAGAUUUUGAGACCAUUACAGCAACUUAUGAUGAUGCUUUGAAAAAAUACUCACAAUUUCAAACUGCUACCAAAGAAUUUGAGUUAAGUCCUCGAUGUGCCAGCCUGGCUUUAAAACACUACAUGUUAAAACCUAUACAGAGAAUACCUCAAUACAGGCUCCUACUUCAAGAUUACAUGAAACAUCUUCCACCAGACUGCCCAGAAAUGAAGGAUAUGCAAACUGCCCUUGCGAUUGUUAGUGAAGUUGCAUUACAUGCCAAUGAAAACAUGCGUCAUGAGGACUAUGUUCAGAAGAUGUUAGAGAUACAGAGGUCUCUGAUUGGUCAAUUUGAAGUUAUCAAACCAGGAAGGAUAUUUCUAAAAGAAGGGGAGCUUAUGAAGUUAUCAAGGAAGGGAAUGCAACCUAGAUACUUCUUCUUGUUUAAUGAUGUAUUGUUAUAUACAACUCCUGUUGCCACGGGAUACAGACUCAAUAAUGUACUGCCAUUAGCUGGAAUGAAGGUAUCAGUGGCUGCACAAGAUGAGUAUAAAAUGGAGUUUAGUAUAAUAUCUGUGCAGCGUUCAUUCACGUUACAUGGUUCUACCCUCGAGGAGCGGGAUGACUGGGUAACGGCCCUCAAUGCUGCUAUAGAAGAAAAUGCCCUCAAAAGGAACACCUUUGAGGCAGUGAGGGCAGGAGCUCAGUUCUGGGAGGAACAUUUACAAAAGUCCUGGGAUACGUAUCAGGCAUUAUUAGAUAAAGAUUUUGUUUUGGGACACAAGGCACCAUUAUGGAUCCCCGAUGCACGUGUCACUAUGUGUAUGCUGUGCACAUGUGAAUUUACUGUGACCUGGAGACGUCAUCACUGCAGGGCUUGUGGAUGGGUUGUGUGUGGAAAUUGUUCUGAUUGUAAAGCUCCUCUGAGAUAUCUCAAAUAUAAAUCUGUCAGAGUGUGUGAUAAAUGCUACAAAACAUUAAAAGCUGCUGCUGAGAGUGAUGCUAAAUCUCCCGAGAAACAGGAAGAACUCGAGAAAGUGGAAGAAGAAGGUGGUAACUUACUUAGUCUGAACGGACUGUUCGAGAGGUUCCAGAAAAUACGACGUAGUGGACGAACGGAAAAGAAAAUGGGCGUUCGUCCUGAGAGAUUAAAAGAGGUAGCAGCAAAUGACCAGGGUGCAUCUAUGAGUGGCUAUCUACAAAGGUGGCAUAAAAACAAAAAAUGGAAGAGAAAAUGGUACCUCAUUAAAGAUAUGGUCCUGUAUUCGUUUAAAGCUACACAGGACACUGCAGCAGCUGACAGCAUGGUGUUGCUAGGUUACGAGGUCAGCAGGUUCACCGAUUAUUUUGAGGGUGUAGAAGCAGACUUACUAUUCCAGCUAUCUCAUGCUAAUACAGAUCCAAUUGUGUUCAGAACUGACAGUGCCACGGCCACAGAAAAAUGGGUAACAGUGAUGAGAGAGGCAACAGUUGCUUGACAACAAUAAUCAACAGACAGUUACCUGGUUACAAUUAACAGUAGGCAGUUGCCUAGCAACAAGGUAUAACAGACCUCAGUUUUGUGACAUUAAAAAACAGGAAUUGGCUUUGCAACAAUAAAGUAAGGAAGAACAGUUGCUUGGCAACAAUAAUAAUGUUCAGCAUGGUAGUUUAUUGACUAGAAAUAAGUAGCAGUAAUGCACCAGUUAUUUGGCAGCAAUGCCAUACAAGUGCUUUUUGAACAUGUUGAAGGAAUUUUUUUAUGACUGUUUUGUAAGAAAUGAGAUAACAAGAUAUUCGGCUGUAAACAAUGAAAAGUGAUAGCCUGAAGUUGUUUCAUGAUUAUGACAGCGGUAGAUGCUGUAAAACUAGAAAACCAGAUUGAUGUUAUAGCAGUUUAAAAUAUUAUAUACAUGUACAUGUAUGAUUACAAUAACCUUUUAUCUUAACUAACCUAAAUAAAGUGUUCCAUAUGUGCUUCACAACAAAUCACAGGUUGUUUUACAAGAAAUAAUUAGACAACAAUGUUUCCUUUGCUAUAACCAGUGAAACAAUCAACUGUAUAUGGCAAUUAUCAUGAAAUGGAUUUAGAAACAUGGCAUAUCCUUUGUGAACUUGUUAAACAUUAAAACACUAAGUGUUUAGUGACGUUGACAUGUUUGGUGUUCCAUAACUUGGAAAUAAGUACAAUAUAUAGCAAAUGAAGGACUGAGGUAGGAUAAUAAAGACAACAUACUUAUCUAUUAUAUAAUAUUUCCAAGUUUGAUGCUCUUAUAUUUUAUAAAUGGGCAUUUUAUAAACUAUUGAAACAAAGCCUGGGAAUCAUUUUGUCAGUUAUGAAAAAUAUACCACUGUUGUAAGGAUAUUUGAAUGAUGCAUGGUGUUAUUUACUAGGGGUAUGAUGGCAGGAGAUUAUUUGCCAUAAAUUAGAAUCAUUAUUUAUGUGUUAAGUAUGACUUGGAAACACAAAUGUUUACCAACCAUAUAUACUAUUGUUAUAUCUUUUAUUGAUUGUAAAUAAAUUUAGGUUGAAUACAUCUUCAUGUACAUAUAUUAUGAUUAUUACACAAGUCAAAAGUUCAUAUAUUAAAGUGUACUUUUAUACAAAAGGAGUAUAUUUCAACAAGCAUGUAACUUUGUGUGUAUAUAUUUUUUUUCUAUGGAGUACUUAAUGAAUAAUGAAGUUAACUGUUAAGGCAUUGAGGUCACAUCUGAACUUUUGUAUGAUCUCCUACUUGCUUGAGAUAUGAUUAUAAUAAUUAAAUUAUAUUGGGAAAUUUCAAAAUGUAUGUACAUUAACAAAGCAAUAUAGUAUAUAGCAGAGAGAUAUUUGUUAAUAUAUUUGUAUAAUUUAUAUAUUGUUUUGUUAAGAUUUAAUAUUUCAAUAAUAAUUUAUGUAAGAGUUUCGACUUUUAGGGCUUGCAUUAAUCCAGAAUAAUCUGCCCUAUUAAAUGGCCUAUAACUACACAAAAAUGUUCAACAGGACCACAUUGACUAGAAAAAGAGAUGGUAGGAAAUUUUUGGCAGCAAUAUUUUGAAGAACUUUAAGUGUUGGAAAAAAUGGCAAAAAUACCAAUUGUUAAUAUUUAGGGAAUCCUAGGUGUUUGUUAAGGGGAUCCUAAAGGGUAUUUAGAACUGUUUCUUCUGAGAAUGUUCUGUUUUUGUAGUAAUACGAUCUGUUGCAUUGAAUAAACAAUCACAGUUAAAUUUGUAUUCAGAUUUUGUCACAAUCAAUUUAAAUUCUAUUUAUUUUUUCACAAGUUUCUAAGAAGCUAUAAUGGUUGUGAAACAAAAUGUGUGAAUAUUUUUCUGAAUAUUUUUCUUAUUAUAGUCAUAAACUUAACCACAUGAAUUUUUUCAUCAUUAUUAACUUUUUCUUAAUAAAAUGUCAAUGCAUGCAUGCUUUCAUAACAAUGUAAUAGUAAAAAUACUCUACAAUUUCAAAAAUAAAAUAUACCUGUAUAACAGCAUAUAUAACCUAGGCCUAACCAAAAAGCGUCAGAUAUAUAUACAUGUAUAUUUGAAAUUUUUUCCACACAUAACCAUUCAUUUUGUAUAGUUUCUAAUUUUCUUGAAGCAUUUUUUUUCUUGUGUCUCACUCCAUUCCAGUGAUGUCAAUUAUUCUGCAUAAUUCAUGUUUAUAUACAUUUGUCAUAUACAGCAUUUCAAUGUUAAAACAACAAACAGCUAUGUUUUAUAGUGUGUGUAUAUAUUUUGAGAUACAUGUAUACAAUGUAAAAUUGUGAACAGAUUACACACCCUGUGAUAUUGUCAAAUGCUCUAUUUAUCCACUCUCAUUUGUUCGUUCAGUUGACAAAAAAAUCUUGCACCAAAAAUUUCAAAUUCUCAACUGCCUAUAUCUUUCGAAAGAAAGUAAAUAGUUUUUGUUCUUGAAAUCAGAAUGUUAAUCAGUGCAAGUGCUAGAUUAUGUGUACUAUAUACAUUAUAGAAAAAGAGCAAUAAAUGCAUUGUCUUAAGUUAUGUCAAACCACACUUAAGUUCUCUGCAUAUAUACAGAGUUCAGUUGUUUAAUAUCAAGAAGAUUUUUGUCCUGUUCAAAAAGAUUUCUAUGUUUUUUGGGGGGAUUUUUUGUGGUAUUGAGAAACUUUGUAUUUGGAUCAAGUUGUACAUGUAUUUUGUGUUAAAUUUCUUAAUAGUGCCAUGUAGAAAAUAUGCCAUCAGUCUGUUGGCCCUAUUGAUUGAUACACAGUCUGUUGGCCUAAUUGAUUGAUAUACAGUUUGAUGGCCUAAUUGAUUGAUACAGUGUGUUGGCCUAAUUGAUUGAUACAGUGUGUUGGCCUAAUUGAUUGAUACAGUCUUUUGGCCUAAUUGAUUGAUACAGUGUUUUGGCCUCAUUAAUUGAUACCAAGUCUGUUGGCCUUCUUGAUUGAUACAGUCUGUUGGCAUAAUUAACUGAUAAAAUAUUUUGAUAAAUUUUCUAAUCCAUUCCAUUUAAAGCAAUUCUUUCGUUUUUAUGCGUGUACAUCAUAAUGUUAACCUUGACAUUUGCUCCUCUAUGCAGUUUUAUGUUUAUGCUUGUAUUUAGCUACAUCACUGCUUGUAAUGCAUUAAAUUAAUUAGAUUUUUAUAUGCUUUUUGUAUUACAAUUGUGAUUGCUUGUAGUUUUGUUGAUAUAUUUUUAUAGAAAAUUAUGGAGACAAAAUUGAUACACAAAAUGUCAAGCUUUUAUAUAUAUUUUUUUGUCACUUGGCCAAAUUUUGGUGAAAGAGAUGAAGCCUAAAAUUUGAUUUCUGACAUUCUCAAAAUAAGCUUAUCAUUGCAUACCUCUUUAUAUUUUGAGGAAUUUGAUAUUAGUAAGAUCUACAUUUGAUUUCUGUGAAAUGGUUCUACUACUUGGGGGCUUAGUGUGAAAAGGUCAAACAGUUUGAGGGCAGUGUGAAUUAUUCAAACCAUUAAGGCCAUGGACUGAAAAAAUUAAUCCAUUUGAGGGAAAUGUGUGAAAAGGUCAAACCAUUUGAGGGCAGUGUGAACAUAUCAAACUAUUUGAGGGCAAAGUGAUAAAAGAUCAAAAUAUGUUAGGGCAAAGUGUGAAAAAGUCUAACCAUUUAAGGGCAAAGUGUGAAAAUGUGAAAGCAUUCAAUGGCAUAUGGUGAAGAGUUCAAACCAUUUGAGGGCAAAGUGUGAAAAGGUCAAACCAUACGAGGGCGAUUAAUGAAAAAGUCAAACCAUUAGAGGGUUAAGUGUGAAAAGGUCAAACCAUUUGAGGGAAUAUAGUAAAAUGUUCAAACCACUUGAGGGAAAGUGUAAAAAGGGCAAGCAUUUGAGGGCUUGUUGUGAUAUGGUAGUACUUCCUUUUGGUUUUCUGUCCCACCUAUAAACAUUUUAUAUACUUAUUUGGACAUUUGUACCAUUUUCUGAACUUUUGUAAAUCUAUAUACAUGUAUACUUUGACUUCCAUUUAUGUAAAUCUUUAUUUUUUCCAUGUUUAUAAAAUGAACAUCCAUUUUCCAUAUGUAAAUAAAUUUGCAUUUAUUUUUUUACAUAUGUUAAUUUGUCAUAGUGCAAUAUGUGUAAACUUUUGUUACUGUAUAAACUUGUAUAGAUAUAUUGUUAUUAUAUAAAAAUUUGACCUUUGUAUUUCUUCACCUUGUUAAAAACUCAUUUUACACAUUAUCAGAUUGGAGCUUCCACAUUAUAGAUGAAAUAAAAGGUAUAAUAGAGCAGA